AUAUUUGGCACCCUUUACCCUGCGUAUUACUCCUACAAGGCUGUGAAAUCCAAGGACAUUAAAGAAUAUGUCAAAUGGAUGAUGUACUGGAUUAUAUUUGCACUUUUCACCACGGCAGAGACGUUCACAGACAUCUUCCUUUGUUGGUUUCCAUUCUAUUACGAACUAAAAAUAGCAUUUGUAGCCUGGCUGCUGUCUCCUUACACAAAGGGCUCCAGCCUCCUGUACAGGAAGUUUGUACAUCCCACGCUGUCUUCAAAAGAAAAGGAAAUUGACGACUGCCUGGUCCAAGCGAAAGACCGCAGUUACGAUGCCCUCGUGCACUUCGGGAAGCGGGGCUUGAACGUGGCAGCCACGGCAGCAGUGAUGGCUGCUUCCAAGGGACAGGGUGCCUUAUCGGAAAGACUCCGGAGCUUCAGCAUGCAGGACCUCACCACCAUCAGGGGCGAUGGUACCCCUGCUCCCUCUGGCCCGCCACCACCAGGGUCUGGGAGGGCCAGUGGCAAACAUGGCCCCCCUAAGAUGUCCAGGAGUGCUUCUGAGAGCGCCGGAAGCUCAGUGUGUACCUGCUGUCCCACCUGCAGGACCUGGAAAGUGGUUGAGGGAGAAGUGAAUGAGGGUGGUGUGAAGGCCUGGGAGCCCCUGCGGCUCCAAAACCCACGGGCGUUUUCUGACGACAAGGAGGAAGACCUGCUGGACUUCAUGUACAAGUAUAAGGCCCUUCGAAAGCCGGACUUGUCCCUGGAGGCACCGCCUAGAACCCUCCGAUCUCGCUUCAGGAAGAAAAGUACCUCACCCUCGGCCACUGAAACCACGUGAGUGAGAUGAGGCCACGGACCGGGAUCUACAGAAUGUUUCUCCUCUGCCUUAAAGAGCUAUUCACCGAGAGCAGAAGCCGCGCUGGUGCGCCCCAAGUGUGCAGCCUCACAGCCUUCUCCCUCUCCCUCUCCAAUCCCCCACCCCGUUUUUCUUUUCUUUUCUCUUCUUGGGAGAGGCUAAAGGUUAAGGUAGUGUGUGGGAGGGGUGACUUUGAAGCCCUCUGAGGGCAGUAGCUUUCCGCAGUGGAAUUGUCCUCAUAGACAGUGGUGUUCCCACACGUGCAAGAGUCCCCCGCCCCCAUCCUACUGAGAUGUACAUUUGUAAUUUAUCUGUUGCAUAAUUAGAUUUUAGCCAUGUAUAUGCAAACAAAACCAUUUUUUAAAAAGUGUUUUGUUUUGUUUUUGUUCUUGGUACUAAUUCUUAGGAUGGUGGUGUAUAUUUUGUCCUUGGUACUAAAUCUUAGGACGAUGGUGUAUAUACGUGUGCUUUUGGUGUACUAUGAAGGGCCUGCAAGGCUGCCAGAGGUUCUGCUGUGUAAGGAAAUGGCAAAACAAACAAGAGAACAAGAACCCAAACCCAGAAUUGUAAACAACCUUUUUGACUCUAGAGACUGUCUCAGAUGUGCUUCUGAAACAUCCAAAGGCAAUCUAGGUGCAGUGUCCCUUCUCCAGCAGCUGGUGGACCCAUCUUUCCCAGGCAGAUGUCACCCACACACCAGAGAAGCCGAGGCACAUUUCUAGGGACAGGGAGGAGUGUGGUAAGGUCAGAGGGACAGGCUGGGGUAAGAGAUGCCCAUCUCCCCCUUGGAUUCUGGAUCAGGAGCUUCUGAAGCCUGGGGGGUGGGGGCAGGUCACUCACCCUGGGGAUGUGGACUCGCAGGGCUGAGGACAAUUCUGUUUCAAGUGUAUUUGGCAAAUGACUGCUUCUCCUUCAGUCACCCAUGCUGCUUGUCCCUGGGUGAAGCCUACACCUGGAAUACCAUACCUCGUUUGAAAGGAAAAUAAGGAACAAAUACACUUUCCUUCAGAAAGAUGUAUGGCAAUAAGGAUACAGGUCUCUGGGAGGGUCUGAGGUUGAGAUGUCUGUAAGGAAGACUUGCUCCUCAGAUCCUGGGCAGCUGGGACCCACGCUCUCCCGCCUCCUCACUGGCUUGGACGGAAGGUGAAGGAGAGAGGAGUCUGCCUCCUGGGUGCUCGAGGUCUUACUGGACACUCGACAGACAAGCCUGGCUCGCCUAAGGAAGGGAGGAGGGCAUUCUCUGGGGGAUUCAACUCUGUAUGGAAAAAGCCUGGCUGAAAGGGCAAUGUGGUCAGAGGUAGCUGCUCUCCCCUCUGGGAGUUGAGCCUAGUGGCAGGACUCAUGUAUUUGUGCUUAGAGUUGGUGUUUUCGUUAAGUGUGAUGCAUGCAGCGGCCCCACCCUGUUACUUACUCGUAUUUGUAUCGCGUUUGUUGGCACGUAUGCCCUGAAGACGAGGGAACUAUGUUCUGCAUCACACAUAACAGUCAAUCGACAUCAGAGGCCUGGUAAAGACUGUCGCAUUACUGAGCAGCACCAGGUACCUCAGUGGCCCUUGCUGAUGGCACUUAGCUGGCUCUUAGCCACCUGACAGGGUUUUACGUGAUGCUGAUUGUUGCCAGGUAUGCGUAUUGAAGCCCCUUCUCCCCACAGUUCCACCGACUGUGCUUCGUCAUUUACUAAAGUGAGUAGGGGAAGAGAUCUACAAGUAGGUUUGUGGUUGCAGGCCCGAGAGGCCAUCUGCUCAUUGUCUGUGCCCCCCGCCCCGCCCCACCUAAACCUGCUGGGAGACAGGACCUGUUUUCUUCAAGCGCAAUGAAUAGCUUCAGACAGAGGAAAAUAUUCUUUAAAAUAUGCUUACCUGAAAAAAAAAACUUACCUGUUAUUGAGAGGACCCACAAUUACCAGGGGGAAAAUGCAGAAAAACUUUAAGUUAAGCAGCUUUUUAGCACUGUUUUUUCUUCUUGCCAAAAUAUGAAACGCCUUCCGCAGCAGAGAUGAAAACCCUGCUUUACGCUGGGAAGUUUGCGUAAGUAUAGGCUGUCAAGUGUGCGCUCAUUAUGCCAAAAAAAAAAAAAAAAAGCUGGAAGCACUCUUCUCUGACAUGGUGUUAUGACUUCUCGUUCACAAGUUUUUAAAGAAUAUCAAGGUAUCUAAACUGCUGUCUUAAUGGCAAUGUGACUUUUUCUCUUUCAAUGUUGGUUAAGGAGUUGGUUUCUCUCUUAAAGACACUCACUGUAUAACCAAGAGCAGCUGUCGUAUUUAUGGCAAAAUGUGUAUACCCAUCCACCAAGCUGUGUACCUGUGUACGGACUGACAUAAAAAUGUGAAUGCCUGCAAGUGUACACGUAGUGGCGUGGUGUUCUGUCGAGAGGCUGUACAGUGUUCCUAAUCUGCAGGCGUACACACACAGGCGGUUUCCAAUAUGCUAGCUCGGAAGGCUGUCAUUUUCCUGUGAUAACUUUUAGUUAAUUGAGCGCCUGUUUUCGGGAAGGUGAGUUGUGGUCUUGGACUUGUGCAUGGGAGGGAGUUGAGUCACACUCCCUCCUAGCUUCGUGUGACUCACUUGCUCCCUGGGCAGGCCUUUGACGUGCGUGUUCUCUGUAGUCAAUUGUCCAUGUGUCUGUGAUGACAGCUUGGUGCCCAGCCAUCAUCAGAGCUCCUCCCCACUCGCUCAAGGUGCAGUAUUUGAAACAGCGAAGGCAGUACUCCCGCCUCUGCCCCGGCACAAAGAGCUGGUCUCUCGGAUCGAAGCUGUGCCCACUUCCCCCCUUAUCUCCAGUAGUCCCCAUGAAUGGUCCGUCAUAAACGAGCAUACUGGACUGUGCAUAGGAGGGUUGUAAAAUUACAGUAUUCCAAAGGGCAAUGUUCUGCUGUUGUGUUAUGAUGCCUGAUAUACAUCUUGAAAAAAUAAAGUCUUAACAUUUUUCUUUUUAAAAAA